CCUCUCUUUUUUCCCCCUCUCCUGUGGCGGCGCUCAACUCCUUCCUUCUUCUCCUAGGGUUGUCCUCCUCCCUCUCCAGGCUCUCUAGGGUUUUGGCCAUCUGAUCCUCCCGCAACAGCUCGCUCCUCCGACUCCGCGGCUUACCUGCAGAUCCGUCCAUGGCGACAGUCGCCCCCGCUGCUCCUGCCGACCAAUCUGCAGAUCUGAUGCAAAAGUUAUCCCUGGACUCAAAAAACAAAAGUGAAGAUGCUUCAGAAGUUACAAAGACUUCUGGAGUUCAAUAUGGUUCAUCCAAUGGCGGGGAACCAAUUGCUCCAAUCCCAACAUAUGAGCGGUCUUUGACCCCUUGGCUUCAGGAGCAUACUGAUGCGAGCAUGUGCUACUUGCCGAAUGGAUAUUCUUCGGCUUUGUACUAUGGAGGUUAUGAUGGCUCAAUGACAGAGUGGGAGGAUUAUCCUAGAUAUGUUAACUCUGAUGGAGUGGAGGUACCUCCACUUGGGGUUUAUGGGGAUAUGUAUCAUCCUGGAUAUGGUUAUUCUCCAUAUAGUCCAUAUCCUUCUCCUGGUUCCCCAGUUCCAACUAUGGGGCACAACAAUCAACUAUACACACCCCAACAUUACCACUUCCCUGCUACGUAUUACCAGCCACAGACAGCCAGUGGUGCACCAUACACAACAAGCCAAAAUCCUAGUUCCAAAGGAGAUGUUUCUACAUCUACUGCCACUGAACUUCCUCCUAUUCCAGUAGAUACAACAAAAGCUAAUUCAAAUGAAGCUGUUAAAGCAAGUACAAAUAGCAACAAUGGGACAACAAAAGCAAAACCAAACCAACAGAAUACACCAUCAAAUACAGGUGUCUCAUUUGGUAAAGGCACAUUACCUGGCCUGAAUCCAUCUUUUGGUUACCAGGAUCCAAGAUUUGGAUAUGAUGGCAUGUGGUCACCUAUUUCAUGGUAUGAUGGUUCCAUGUUUCCUGAUGGGCAGCAGAGACCAACUUCCACUAACAAUGGCUCUUCAAUGACAUCUCAUAUUGCAAAUACUACGUCAACAAGAAAUCAGAAUCUCCAUCCUCUCCCUCAUCUUUCUGGAAUGCAUACUCCAAGAUCAUCAGCUCCUGGAAUAGUGAACAAGAUGUACCCUAACAAUAGAAUAUAUGGUCAGAAUGCUAAUGGAUUCAGAGGUAACCAGAGCUUUCGAUCAAAUAUUUAUGACUCCAGCAUGAAUGGAAGAUGGGUAAUGUCAAUGGAUAACAAGUAUAAGCAUAGAGGUCAGGGCAAUGGUUUCUAUGGCUAUGGUAAUGAGAACUUAGAAGGCCUGAGUGAGCUUAAUAAAGGACCAAGGGCAGGUCAUUUUAGAAGCCAAAAGGGAUUUGGGCCUAAUUUUUCUGUUGCAGUAAGGGGGCAAAGUCUUUCUACAAGUGUCCAGGACUCUUCUGAAGUUCCUGAUAAAGACAAAUACAACAAGACAGAUUUCCUAGUAACUUAUUCAGAUGCCAAGUUUUUUAUAAUAAAAUCAUACAGCGAGGAUGAUAUUCACAAGAGUAUCAAGUACAAUGUUUGGGCUAGUACUCCCCAUGGGAACAAGAAGCUUGAUGCUGCUUAUCAGGAAUCUAAAGAGAAAAAUGGAUGCCCGGUGUUUUUAUUGUUCUCUGUCAACACUAGUGGACAGUUCGUAGGUGUUGCAGAGAUGGUUGGUCCGGUUGAUUUCAACAAAACAUUAGAUUAUUGGCAGCAGGACAAGUGGAUUGGGUGUUUUCCUGUUAAAUGGCAUAUUGUAAAGGAUGUGCCCAAUAGCAUCCUAAAACAUAUUACAUUGGAGAACAAUGACAACAAACCUGUGACAAACAGCAGAGAUACUCAGGAGGUGAAGCUUGAACAAGGAUUUCAACUGCUCAAGCUUUUCAAGGAACAUGUGAGCGUGACUUCAAUUCUGGAUGAUUUUACUUUCUAUGAGAACCGCCAGAAGGUGAUGCAAGAAAAGAGACCAAAGCAACAACAGUUACAGAAGAAGCUUGUGGAUGGAAAACCAGUCAUAUUUGAUGAAAAAGAAAAGGAUAAUGCCAAUGGGAAGCCUGUGUUGUCGAAGUCCUUGGAACUGGUUUCUAUUUUGAAGAAAGAAUCUGCACAAAAUGCACUUGCGGUGUCAGAAUUCACUUUAGCAGAAAAAAAUGGUGUCCCUGCUGUUGCUGGUGUUGCUCCGAAGGAUGCUAAACCAGUGACUGAGAAGCGAGUUGUGGCUAAUGGUGUAUCUAACGGUUAUUAAGUUAAUCAGCCAAUUCCACAGCCACAUCUAUUUGCUUCCUCAGAUUGCUGCUCUCUACUGUUUGCUACUUGAUCAAAAUCUGGGGCAUCAGAUGGUGGACAUGUAUGCUUUAGGUCUAUAUUGGCUGUUGCAUUGUAGAAAAGCUGUAGUUUCUUCUAAUUCCAGCUUAAUAUUUGAUUUGAGUUUGUUUUCUAAGCUGCCCCUUAAGUAGGUCAUUGGUGUUUAAGUUUCAUAGUAUUAGAUGCGAUCAACCUGUUUUCUCUACUCGUAAUUCUGUGUAUUUUCUGCUGUUUAUUUUGUUUGCAAGGAUCUCUUUGGUUAAAUGCUUGCUUAAAUGACACUUGAGUUAUGCUGAAUAGAUGUUGAUUAUCUUGCUUGUA